ACUACUCUAACCAUCAAAGUUUAAGGGGAUGUUGCAGACCGUCAGAUGGGCUUAACAUGAGGGAAUGUCCGACCAAAGCUCCCCUUGGGAGUCUGUACAAGUGCUGGCGACUGAAGAUGUUGAUUCCUAUUGCUGUGCUGGUCGUUGCAACCACCAUCGACGUUGCUGCCGAGAGCGCCUUGUGUCCGCUUCCUAGUCAUCACGUGCACUUCGGCUACCACCCUGGGUCAGAGGAUGGUCCUUCUCACUGGACCGAUCUGGACCAAGACACUCACUGCUGUGGCGGGUCCAACCAGUCUCCCAUCGAUAUCGAGACUGAGGACGUGCACUGCGCACAUCUAGGCGACAUCUACUACGAACCCAAACCAAGAGGUCUACUUUCUGGCAAUCUCAAAAUAAACGGGCAUGGUGCGAGUCUCGCCUUCUUCAAACAGGAUCGCCUCGUGACGAAGGACAUACCUUUCACUGACGGCGAGUACGUCCUGGACUCAAUGCACUUCCAUUCUCCCUCGGAACAUCUCGUCAACGGCAAGCACUUCGAUGGGGAGCUGCACCUGGUUCACUUCAAGAAGGAGUAUGGGAAUCUUCACGAUGCAGUAGAUAAAGAAGAUGGUUUAGCUGUCAUCGGAGUGUUCCUGAAGGUAACUGAUGAGUCGCAUGACCAUGCUUUCAAUCGGUUCGUGGAUGGAGUGGCGCAUCUCCGUGGCGAUGAAGCUGAAGAGGUGAGACUGGACCCCCGGGAGCUGCUGUUGGACCAUAAACAUUACGGCACCUACAAGGGCUCGCUAACAACCCCACCCUGUUCGGAGUCGGUUCGAUGGGUUCUCAUGAGGAAGCCUAUCAUCACCACAGCAGACAGGCUCGGCGUGUUGAAGUCGGUUCCAGUGGAUGGCGGCGGGGCACUGUCGGUUGACACAAACGUCAGGCCAGCCCAGCCGCUCAAUGGUCGCAUCGUCAACUACACCUGUAAAUAAAGACGGUGUAAUGACAUAGAAGAUACUGUGAAGGCUUACGAUCAUAAGACCAUGAUCCAAUAAAUUACUGUCUCUCAAAUGA